UUUUGGUGAACGGAUUCAAAAUGUUUGACUCGGUGGGAUUGAAUCAGAUCUCCAAUCCUGAUGAGUUCACGUCACGUCAGGGAGCCUCGGCAGUCGCUCAGCAGCCAAAACAUGCGCGUCUUGUUGCUAUGCCAACAUUUGAGAGCUGCCAGAGCUGUGGUGACUUUACCUUUCUCAGCGACCUGCUUUUGUUUUCUUGUUUGAUUUAAAACAAACAAACAAACAAACAAAAUUCACCGUGAGCUCUGUGCUGAGACUUGAGUGAGGACGUGAUUUGUGCAGUGUGUCGACAAUUUUCCAUAAGGCCUCGCAGAGAAUCAUGAAUAUACAGCAUGCAAAAUGCAGAUCAGAGCAUCACAGCAAGCGCAGAGAGGACCUUCUGUACAAACAGCUUCUGAAUAAUGCAAGCCAGAUCCUUUCUUUCUCUGAUGAAGUUAUGGAUGAGAUGGGGGCUAUUUCAUACAGAAAAGCUGACUUUAGCUGGCUUUUCCAAGCCACGGGUCCCUUAGCACCAGGUACCAGAUUAAAGAUAAUAAAGAGGCAUGAGAACAAUGAAAAACCCUGCAACAUCAACUGUUUAACCCAAGAAGAAAGCAGAAUUUCAGUACAGGCUCUUGCGGUGAACACCAAGGAGUCCUCUACAGAGGACUGGGAAGCCCAGAGCAGCAGGGUGCAGGAGUGUGCACAAAAUAAGACGAGUCAACUAUUACAACUGAGAAAACACAGGAUACCAGGUUAUGUGCUCUCUCCGGUAAGCACAGAUGUGCAGAACCGCUUAAAUAAGACAGCAGCCACUUUGACCAGCAAGCACAUUGAGAUCCCACAGGCCCCUCGGCUACAGGAUAUCUUGAAUCCAAGUGCCGGCAGUCAUGUCACAAAGAACGUCUCUGAACAGGAGAUCUUCUCAGCAGGAACUGGUAGAACGGUAAAACCGGAACAGCGAUGGAUGGAUCAGCCCACCAAAAUUGACUCUGCCCUCAAGCAGGGUCUCGGACCUCCGGACUUCAGCGGACAGGAUCCUGAGAUGCCCAAACAGUCUGUGACUGAACUUUCCACACUUCGCUAUGCAGUUGAUCAAUGGAGGAAUGCCUGCAACAUCAAGUUGCCCUUGCAGAGAGUGACCAUUGAGGGCCUAAAAAGGGCUCUUAGUGACCCUAAUUGCCCAGUGCGGCUGGAGGCCAUCAUAACUUGUGCUUUGGGAGCAGUUAAUGGACCACAAGAAGAGCUUGACCCUGGCAAAGCAGGUCAACAUGGUAAGGGAUGCAAACUGAAGGCAGUUCCUCAGGAGCUGCAGGCUCUCAUUGUCUCAGCGCUUGACGACCCAGUGAAGAGAGUUCAGAUGGCUGCUGCAGUGUGCCAGUAUGCCAUGAGGACACCUAACGCACGCGCCAGAGACAUACUACGAAGCACAUUGAAGCAAGACCCUUCGGGCACAGGUGCAGACAGCUGGGUGGCGGCACAGUGCUUGGCGAUAGACGGUGAUACGAGUCAAGCUGUCAUACAGAGACUCUUGUCACAGCACUUUCUCAGAGACGCUCCUUCAGAUCACGAGCAGUCUAUGAUGCUACUCUCCAACAUUAGCAGCAAGACUACACUGGUGCGCUCUCUUCUGGCAGAAGAGUUAAACAGUGCUAACUGGAUAACACGAGUUCAGGCCUGUACUAGCAUUGCACAGCUCAGAAGUCCAAUAAACAAGGAUCUUUGCAACAAACUGAUAUACAUGAUGUGGAACGACUGGAGCGGUGCUGUUCGUCACGCUGCAGCGCUGGCUCUGAGUAAAAUGGAUGCAGCCAGAGAGAUGCACAGUGAGCUGAGUGCAAAGCUGAAGGAGGGUCCGACUGCUUGGCGGAUGGAAGCGCUAAUCUUCAUUGGUCAGCUCAAUAUAAUGACACCCAAGCUACUGCCUACAUUCCUGCGGUGCUUUAAUGAUGACUUUGUGGCUGUGCGCAAACUAGCUUGUUUGACUGCAGCAUCUCUUAUGAUGGAUGACCAGUUGGUCCUGGAUCAGCUUAUUAACCUGAUGCAGAAUGAUCCAUUAUGGGAGGUGAAAGUGGAAGCAAUUGAUGCUUUAGGGCAAAUAGGUUGGAUGAACCCAGCUCUCCAGGAGUUGCUGAUGUGGGCUUUACACCAUGAGGAGGAGCCCAGUGUGCGCAUUGCUGCCUGUAAGGCCCUGAGCACUUUAGAUGCAAAGGGCCCAGAAUUACAGCAUUUUUUACAGGAGCGUAAUGCACUGGAACCCAAUGCUGAUGUGCAGAGGCACAUUGAAAGUCUUCUGAAAAAGCGUGGAUACAGUCUGAAUGGAAACGAAGACAAGAUUCAAGAGAUAAAGCUCCAGGUGGAGCUGUUGUGCACAAAACACAAUAUUACACAGAAAGUGCUCUUGAUGGAAGAGAGGGGAAAGCAGCAAGAGCAAAUAUUAUUGUGCUGAAUUUAUGGUUUCAUUUGUCAUGCUAUAUCAAAUAUUAUAAAGCCAGAAUCAAAUCUUU